CGCUGAAUAAAUAGUGGAAUUUCUACGAUGUCUGGACGCGGCAAAGGAGGAAAAGUAAAGAGCAAAGCUAAGACUCGUUCAAGCAGAGCUGGAUUACAGUUUCCAGUGGGUCGUAUUCAUCGUCUUCUACGCAAAGGAAAUUAUGCGGAACGAGUUGGCGCUGGAGCUCCAGUUUACUUAGCAGCAGUAAUGGAAUACUUAGCAGCUGAGGUUCUUGAGUUGGCAGGUAAUGCUGCUCGAGACAAUAAAAAGACCAGGAUUAUUCCCAGACAUUUGCAAUUGGCCAUUCGCAACGAUGAGGAAUUGAAUAAAUUACUUUCGGGAGUUACCAUUGCCCAGGGUGGCGUCCUUCCCAAUAUCCAAGCUGUAUUACUACCCAAGAAAACUGAGAAGAGUAGCUCUUAAGACGUAUUGAAAAACCAAU